AUGGCGACGAACGUUAGGGAACCGGACGAUCGGCAGACUACGAUCUCGAGGAUCUUACAUCAGCGAAACUCGAACUUAGUGUCGGAAUUACUUGACAUCCAAAACUAUGCCAUGAACGUGGGGAAAGCACACAAGUGGGUUCAGAAUCCCCUUUGUCUUCGCUUCCGGCGGUCUUCACCUCGAACUUUCCAAGGUGUUCGCAAUCGAAACCUGGAACAGCGAUUUGUUGCUCUCUCGUGGACGUGGGAUCCCUCCACACAUGAAAGCGACAAGGUUGGCAAUUACUGGGUCGAGCAUAGCCACACGGGAGAAGUGGUAGGAGUAAAGGUCAGGAACUGUAUCAUUGAUAGAGCGACCAAAUACCUCCUCUUUACGGGCUUCGACAUCUUCUGGAUAGACAGAAUAUGCAUCAAUCAGGACGAUCAGGAGGAAAAGCAAGAGGCCAUGAAUUCCAUGGAUCUAAUUUACAAACAUGCGAACAAGUCCGUUGCAUUGCUGUCUACCCCAAUCAGGUCACAGAGUGAACUGUGCAUUCUCGUCCGACUUGUAUCUGGUGAAUUUGCGUUCUCCACAGGUGGCCAUUGCAAACUGAGCCAAAGCGUCAGCUGGACCACGAUGAAGAAAGCGAUGCAAGUGCUCCGCAGAAUAACAAAAGACUCGUGGUGGACCAGAGCAUGGACUCUUCAAGAAGAGUAUGUCGCAGGUGUGAAAAUGGAUAUUUUGUUACCACUGGGUCCUGGUGUAGGGAGUAUUCCUGGUAGUGGAGACAUUCCAGGUGAAUACUGUGUCUCCGCCACUCAUUUUCGGACUCAGGCGACAAUCUUCCUAGAAGCCUGCUUGGGUUGCACCAACAUCCUCAAGCAGCAAGCUAAUCGAUCUUGGACGCGCUAUAAGACGCUGUGCUUGAAAACCCGCAACGUCGUGGCGAAGUACAACAUAAUCCUCGCUGAGCCUAUGUCUGCUCGAAUACACGCUGACGUCGGACGGCGAAACAUUACACGCCCUUGGGACUCGCUAGCGAUUAUUGCGAACUCUUGCGGCUACGGAGUUCGUCUAGACGGAAAAGCACUCCUGCAAAGGAAACAAAGUCUGAGUCUAUCGUUACUCACACAAUACUUGUUGAACGGAGAGAUCACCUGUUCAGACUGGCACGCUAAAGGCUUCCUCGACUUCUCCGUUGACAGACUUUUACAGAAGGCCACACUAGCCUCUUGGAAACUUCCGGACAUUUCACGGCAGCUAACAUUCUUGAAGCAUUGUCGAUUUGGUCCAGUAGAAAUCUAUGAGUCGGGUGUUCGCACAAGUGGUCUUCUCUGGGAGCUUAAAUCAGACGAUCGGAUCAGGACUAGUACCUUUGACUUGCCCAAAGUCGACGAGAUCACAAGAAUGCAUCUGCAAAAGUCACCCUGGAAAUCUAUGGAGCUCUACGCCCUGACUCUUCAACUACAGAGAAACCACCACGAGGUGGCUCUGAGACUUGAAAGGUAUAUACAGGGACGUCGAUCUGGGCAUACUUGGACAGGCAGUGGAUACAUGGAUCUUAUGGCGUGGGAUUUGAUUCAAGCUGUCCAGCAAGGCUACGUCCUACGGAUCGGUUAUCUGAAGAAUACAAGAGCUGGCAGCAUCUUCAUCCCAGAACUGAAAGACAUUUGGCGACCUAUGCAUGUCUUCAGCACGUGGUAUUCUGGGCAAAUGCACGAGUAUCAACUCGACAAAUACGUCUCUACCGAGGUGUCUAUCAAGGCAGAUGGAGUAUUGGGCCCGCUGAAAUGGGUGAGAGGCUUGCUACUUCUUCACGAGACGGUGAUGUACAGUAUAACACUAAAGAGUUUCUGA